GUCCACAAUGAGAUGGACUUUCCAAAUGGCCACUCCCAACACAUUGGUUCGCCAACGAUAGAAGAACUCGAAGGGGAUUUACCCGUCGUCUAUGAUGGCCAGGUAUCACUCGGUGACCUGCUGACGCGUGUGGUGCAGACCAUCUAUGGGGAAUUGUCUGAGUUGGCGGAAACAAUGCCCAACAUGUCGGAUCCGGCCAGGAAACGUACCCUUGCUGACUGGGUUGUGAAAACGAAGAAGCAGGUUGUCAAACUCUAUGCCGCGGUUAAAUGGUCUCGAGACGCUGACACCGUUCAAAAAUGCAUGAAUAUCACCGCGUUUCUGAUGAACCAAAACCAGCAAUUCGAGGAUUGUAUUGUCGGUCUUCAUUACGCUAAGGAUAGUCUUGACCCUUCACGAUUGCGGAACCACGAUCUCCUCACCUCUCUCGACGUGUUAACCACUGGCUCUUAUCACGGACUCCCCACCAUCAUCAAGAAACUCGUUGUUCCGCCCUCACCUCUAACGGAUGCAGAGGUGUUGAAAACCCUGGCACAAAUGGAGGAGGUCCUCUGGUACCGACUCAGAUUACAAGAGGUUAUCCCCAUCGAAAUGUCCAACUAUCGUAUCGCUAACGGUCGCGUAUAUUUCACCAUCCCUCGUCUAUUCGAAACUUCAUUGUGUCUCCGAGGCGCUUUGAAGGAUGAUGGCUGGUUUUUUGUUCACGUCGAGUUCUUAAUAACAGUCGGAGGAGAUCUUACCGGGUUGCAAGGCACGUUUUAUUACCAGUUCCCGCGAAUCCCUCCCCCAUAUAUGAAGCGCCACAUUACGGAUGAGGCUGAUGCGCAACUGGCAUAUUACCUACCGCUUCCUGACCAGAUUCCACCUCCAAUCGCAACUCCCCCUCGACCCAAGCUUCCGGAGGGUGUUGUGGACGCUCCUCUUGUCCGAGUAUUCAACUUCCUCCAGAUGAUGUCGCUUUCGUAUCAACUUGAAAUUCUUUGGUAUCAGGCCGAACGCAUGAGAAGUCUGGGAUGGGGUGAAUUCCUCACGGUCUCCAUGAGCGAUGAUCGCAAGUCACUUUCAGUGUCGUAUUGGAUCCGUCCAGUACCUGCCGCUUCUAACUCACGUCCUCGGACAAAGAUACCUCCUAUAGGUGGCACUCUUACCAUCUCAAUUACCGAAAUCAAGCCUUCCCGAUCCCAGGGCCCUGCACGCUCGCCCACAGCGGAGGUUUUGUGUCAAUUACAACAGCAAUCCAAAAUCGGGAGUCUACGGCCGUCGGAUGAAGUUGAAAGUCUCCAUUUUCAUGUCCGCUGGGAGCCUGCCCUGGGAGCUCUUGGUGUCAACAUUUCUCCCAAUGUUCCUGAAGGCCAUUUGACAAUCGAUGCCUCCCAUCUCGACUUUGAAUCGCUGCUAAAUAGGGUGCUUCGCCAACACACACACGAAAUUUUGUCACAUUUCAAGCUACUUCUGCAACACGGUCAUCGCCACAGUAUAUUUUCAGCACCAGGCGUGGUUGAGAUCGCGGUGCACGAGCAAAACGAGGUUUUGCGUGUUAACCUGUGCGCCGAUGCAGUCGUUCUGAUAUCUUUGGAUUCGCGGAGCGGUCGGCUGGGUAUUAGGGACACGAGCGAUUUGGCUUCGCCCGAGAAGGAGCCGCACUUCAAAUACCUCUCAGCUAUCAUUAAUGAAGAACCCCCGCUCCUCUUCGGCCAUUUGUUGAGACUACGCUAUCAGACGAUAACAGACUUGGUAAUGCAAAAAGCUGUCUAUCUUGGGCUGCAGUGCUUCAAGCGCCGCAAUUUUAUUACCAAUGAACUUGGCAAAUUGGGUCCCACCACUCGCGGUGCAGUUUUUGUGAAACUCGCCAACUUUCCGACGCACUAUCUUGUGCUUGUUAUUGAUGACAUCGAUUUCCGAUAUGCAUUGAUCUCGACCGAGGUCGAACUGGAUUCGCCGUUCUCCAACCUCCUUAUGCGUGAUGUAGCGUGGCUCGAUAUUGAUCGUCUUCGAGGCCAACCUCGGAUAAGCAACGCGUCAGACGCAGGCUUCAACCUUGACGUUCAACUCCUUCGCGAAUUGUACGACUAUUGCUGUGCUCGAGUCGCUUAUAUGAAAGUUGAAUCACAGUUCAAAAGCUUGGGUAUCAAAGCCGAUUACGUUGACCUGGCGCCUCAAGAUCCUCUCAUUCCUGGCUUGGACCAUGUGCAGUCCUCUCUCGCCCGCUCUGUCCCGGGCCUGCUUGUCAAGGCCGACGAGAUUCUCUCUGGAGCACCUGCAGCUGAAGCUGCGAUGCCCAAUAUCAGGGUUAUCGCGCUUAACUGGUGGUCAAACACUCGAAGCGCACAGGUUAUAACCUGCGUCAAGUUGAAGUAUGUUCAACAGCCCGUAGGGAAAAGCGCAACUUCAAGCUCUAUCAUCCGUUUUUCCAAGCGAAUCAUAUACGACACUACUACUGCCGUCGUAUCGUUUGUUUCGGAGGACGUCAAUACCUGCGUUCCUGAGUUUCUUGAAGAGUGGGCUCGAGUGUCCAAAAUGGUCGUCAUCGCAAGAGAAGUGGCUCGAAUGUCCAAGGAGAAGAUGUGGUCAGACGUUCGGCUGUUAUCUUUCGACUUGCAAACAGUCUCCUUUGCUUAUGCUUCCGACUAUAUUGUCGCCAUUUCUUGCGAGGAUCAAGUGUCGACUGGUGGAAAGUUCGAUCUCCGUUUCUCAAGAUGUGGUCCAGCAGCUGAGAUGACGAAUCCUCACGAUUCCGCUGAACCCUUCCUCUCCAACAUUCUUCGUGCUGGACAAGGAACAUUGGCGCCGUCGCUCCAUCGGCUCAUCACAUGUCUACGUGAAACGCUGCCUAUCGCCAUAGGAUUAGCCGAGAUUCAAGAGAAAAGUCAAGGGAAAGUUGAUACCUUCGCUAAAAGUGCUGGAUGGUAUCGAUUGCUGUUCGUGGAUGCCAGACAUGCUCUCGACUUCAGGUUGAUGAGUCAUCAUCGUAUCGCCAUCCUUGAUGGGUCGCAUUCGGUUUAUGGUGUUCCAUCGUCGGCUCCAGAGGACAAGACAUUGUCCCUCUGUCUGCAGCCUAUUCCCCGUAUCGAAACACUCAUUCUCAAUGCACUCCGAACCCUCGACUCUUCAGCUUCGCAUGGCAAGGUCGUUCUUCUCAGUUAUGGGGUGAUUUGUGAGACGCAGUUGGUACGGACGUUGGGUCAGGCAAUUUAUACUGCUAUUUCCGAGACUAUUAAAUAG